GCCUUCAGCAGUACAGCUCGUACGCGCAAAUGCAUGGCAGUGCCGGGGUGGGAUUUUUAAACGCACCCCAGACAGUCCCUAACUGCUAGUGCCAGGGAUUCUGGCUGCCUGAGAUUUUGUCAGAACUUCGAGAUCUCUCCGCCGGGUACCAGCAGCAUCUUCAGCUCCCUCACACAUACGCAGACACACACGCGCGCACACGCACACACACACACACACACACACACACACGCACACGCAGAUACCUAGAGAGAGCGCGGGGAAGCACCCUUUCCGAAAGCCAGAGAGAGCCGAACGAAAGGAACCUGGCCCUGGAAGUAAACUUUGGCUGCGAGAGCGAGCGAGCGAGCGAGCGAGGGAGGGAGCGAGCCGCGGUAGCCUGGUCGGGGCAGCCGUGCGUAGAAGCGGAUGCCUGCGAGAGCUGGAUGUGAGCUCUGGGGGAUUUGAUCCAGCCGCAGCUGCGCCGAUUGCGCACCCAACCCCGCCGGAGCCCGAGGUAGAAGGCGAGCCCACACCUGCGGUAUCUCAGACUUUCUGUGCCAAUCCAUAUCAUUGUGACUUCUCCAUCCUCCCUCUCCGAUCCCCCCUACUCAUCUUACCCCCACCCCAGCUGUUUGAAAGAACUGAGACUUUGGUUUCCUCGGGCAAAUCCCCUGGCAGUUGGCUCAAAAACUUGAGGUGGUGGGGGGAGUGUGCGCCGGGGUGCGGCGGUGGUAACUUUGAUUGCCCGAUCGCAGCCGCCCGCUGCCCUUUGACUCGUUGGGGGCGAUUCCCUGCAGGCGGCCCUCCUGUCGGUGGAAACGGACCGACGGGCGUAGGAAAAAAAUCCCUUUGCAAACGAGAGCAGCCGCUUUCGCAUCCUCUCCCCUGCCCGCUGGCCUGAGCCCCUGGACCCAGGAGCAGCUGAGAAGCUCCGGCGUCUGCAGCACUUUCCGCCAACCUCAGCCACAGACGCGGCUUUCCUCCCCUCCCCUUCUCCAGACGUUAACCAAAAUAUACCUAUUUAUCUAUCUUUAAAACAAAUACCAGCAUCCAGACUGACCAAGCCAUAAGGACGCGUUUAAAGUGUGCCCGUUUUCUGCAGUAAGAUUUGUGCAUUUUUGGGGAGGGGGGAAGAUACUUGCGCAUGCCAGGUGCAAAGGCAUCUAUUUCUCUUAUACAGUGACUGUGUGUGUGCGCGGGGCUCUGUGCUUGUGCUCUUGAUCGUGUUUUAGCUUCUCAUUUGUUUCAGUAACUUCUGUUUUGGCCUCGGCUGUUCCUUGGACCAGCCAGAAGAAACCCCUGUACUCCCCUGGGCCUCCAACCUUCCUCUCCUCGCUUCCGAUUUGGGGGGCUGUUGAUCGCCUCUAACUUUAAAGCGGCAGAAAACUGAAACGGGGGUGAAAUUGACUGGCUGGGCAGUCGGGAUCGAGGAGAAGAGCUGAGCCAGCGCGCUAGCUCUCGCCCUAUUUCUGUCUCCUCUCCCUGUCUUUCCCAGCCUUUCCACAUCCCAGGCGUUUGGCUCGCCUCCUGAUUCUUUUUCGUCCUGCUCAGCGGGACCUAUCUUCUCUGCUUCUUCUCCUCGCUUCGUUCCUCCCCACCAAAAAAAAGAGAGGACGAACAACAUAGAAAGAAAAAUUAAAAUCAACAGGCAGACCAACCAGCCAAGUGAAAGGGAGCCCGUGAAAAGGAGAAGUCACGGAGCCAAGAAAAAUGGAUUCUUUUCUCCCCAUGCUCCUCCUCGAAGCUUUGCUGUGGACCCAGGCGGCAUCCUUGAUCAAUUUAAAAUACUCAGUAGAGGAGGAGCAGAGAGCGGGGACAGUGAUUGCAAAUGUCGCCAAAGAUGCCCGAGAAGCCGGCUUUCUGCUGGACGCUCGGCAGCCCGCCUUCCGGGUGGUCUCCAACUCGGCCCCCCACUUGGUGGACAUCAACCCCAGCUCCGGGCUGUUGGUCACCAAACAGAAAAUCGACCGGGACCUGCUGUGCCACCAGAGCCCCAAGUGCGUGAUCUCCCUGGAGGUGAUGUCCAGUUCCAUGGAGAUCUGCGUGGUCAAGGUGGAGAUAAAGGACCUGAACGACAACACGCCCAGUUUCUCCACCUCGCAGAUAGAUCUGGAGAUCUCCGAGACCGCGAGCCCCGGCACGCGCAUCCCGCUGGACGGCGCCUACGACCCGGACUCGGGCAGCUUCGGUGUGCAAACGUACGAGAUCACGCCCAAUGACCUCUUUAGCCUGGAGGUGAAGACCCGCGGCGACGGCUCCCGCUUCGCCGAGCUAGUGGUGGAGAAAAACUUGGACCGUGAGACCCAAGCCCAUUAUAACUACCGCAUCACAGCCCUGGACGGUGGCGACCCGCCGCGCAUGGGCACCGUGGGGCUCAGCAUCAAGGUGAUCGACUCCAACGACAACAACCCCGUGUUCCCGGAGCCUACCUACUUGGUGAGUGUCCCCGAGAACGCGCCCCUCAACACGCCCGUCAUCCGCCUCAACGCCUCUGACCCCGACGAGGGCACUAACGGCGAGGUGGUUUACUCCUUCUACGGCUUUGUCAACGAGAAGGCUCGCGGCCUCUUCCAGAUCGACCCGCACAGCGGUCUGAUCUCGGUGAGCGGCGCCAUCGACUACGAGCAGGGCCGCGUGUACGAGCUGGACGUGCAGGCCAAGGACUUGGGACCCAACUCCAUCCCGGCCCACUGCAAGGUCACCGUGAACGUGCUGGACGUCAAUGACAACGCGCCGGUCAUCAACCUGCUGUCGGUCAACAGUGAGCUGGUGGAGGUGAGUGAGAGUGCCCCGCCGGGGUACGUGAUUGCGCUGGUGCGGGUGUCCGACCGAGACUCGGGGGUCAACGGUCGCGUGCAGUGCCGCUUGUUGGGCAACGUGCCCUUCCGCCUCCAGGAGUACGAGAGCUUCUCCACCAUCCUGGUGGACGGGCGCCUGGACCGCGAGCAGCGGGACCAGUACAACCUCACUAUACAGGCCCGCGACGGCGGCGUGCCCUCUCUGCAGAGUACCAAGUCCUUCACUGUCAAGAUCACUGACGAAAACGACAAUCACCCGCACUUCUCCAAGGCCUACUACCAAGUCAUAGUGCAGGAGAAUAACACCCCUGGGGCCUAUCUGCUCUCGGUCUCGGCCAGGGACCCGGACCUGGGCCUCAACGGCAGUGUCUCCUACCAGAUCGUGCCCUCUCAGGUGCGAGACAUGCCCGUCUUUACCUACGUGUCCAUCAACCCCAACUCGGGGGACAUCUACGCCCUGCGCUCCUUCAACCACGAACAGACUAAGGCUUUCGAGUUCAAGGUGUUGGCCAAGGACGGGGGCAAUCCUUCCCUGCAGAGCAAUGCCACCGUCCGGGUCAUAGUCCUCGACGUGAAUGACAAUACCCCGGUCAUCACCGCGCCGCCCCUGGUCAACGGCACCGCCGAAGUCUACAUCCCCCGAAACGCCGGUGUGGGCUACCUAGUGACGGUGGUCAAGGCUGAUGACUACGAUGAGGGCGAGAAUGGGAGGGUCACCUAUGACAUGACCGAAGGCGACCGGGGCUUCUUCGUGAUCGACCAAGCCAAUGGCGAGAUCCGCACCACCCGGACCUUCGGGGACAGCUCCAAGACCACUUACGAACUCAUCGUGGUCGCCCAUGACCAUGGCAAGACCUCCCUCUCAGCCUCUGCCUUGGUCUUGAUCUACCUGUCUCCGGCCCUCGAUGCCCAAGAGUCCGUGGGCUCUGUUAAUCUGUCUCUGAUUUUCAUCAUUGCCCUGGGAUCUAUCGCUGCCAUCCUCUUCGUCACCAUGAUCUUCGUGGCAGUGAAAUGUAAGAGGGACAACAAGGAAGUCAGGACCUACAAUUGCAGCAGCUGUCUAGCCAUCCCUCGCCUCUUCUGCCAUUUCAUAAAAAGGCCCAAACGGCAAGUGGAGGGUCUGCGGCUCUGUUUCUCCUGGGAACAGGGAGGAAGGCACAAAAGCAGGGGAGAAACGGAGCCUACCGGGACCAGGAUUGCUGAGUACUCCUAUGGGCACCAGAAGAAAUCAAGCAAGAAGAAGAAGAUCAACAAGAAUGACAUCCGGCUGGUGCCCCGGGACGUGGAGGAGAAUGACAAGAUGAAUGUGGUCAGCUGCUCCUCCCUGACCUCGUCCCUCAACUACUUCGACUACCAUCAGCAGACCCUGCCUCUAGGCUGCCGCCGCUCCGAGAGCACCUUUCUGAAUGUGGAGAACCAGGGGGGUCGGAAUGCAGGCUCUAACAACAUCUACCACCACACCUUUACUGUGCAGAGCGCCCAGCAGCCUGACCUGAUCAUCAAUGGGAUGCCCCUGCCCGAGACUGAGAACUACUCCUUUGAUGCCAACUAUGUGAACAACCGGGCCCACAUAAUUAAGAGCAGCUCCACAUUCAAGGACUUGGAGGGGAAUAGCCUGAAGGACAGCGGACAUGAGGAGAGCGACCAGACUGAUAGCGAGCAUGACAUCCAGCGGGGCCUGUACUGCGACACGGCCGUCAAUGAUGUCCUGCAUUCCAGUGGCGCCUCCAUGGGAGCUCAGCUGCCUGACCAUGAUCAAAAUGAAGGCUUUCAUUGCAGGGAAGAAUGCCGCAUUCUCGGUCACUCCGACAGGUGCUGGAUGCCUCGGAACCCUCUUCCUACUCGGGCCAAGUCCCCAGAUCGUGGAAGAAACAUCAUCACCCUGUCUAUUGAAGCCACGGCUGCCGAUGUUGAGGUUUACGACGACUGCACAACGACGAAGAGGACCUUUGCAACCUUCGGCAAGGAUGGGGGUGACCAUGCCGAGGAGCGUUCCGCCCAGAAAGGCAAGAGAGCGGCAGACCUGGCCAUCUGCAGUCCCAAGGUCACCAGCGCUAUUCGUGAGGCAGGCAACGGUUGCGAAGCCAUUAGCCCGGUCACUUCGCCUCUCCAUCUGAAGAGUUCUCUGCCCACCAAGCCAACGAUGGUCACCUACAGUGCCAUCAUACACUGCCCUGCUACCCACACCGUGGAGCAGUUCCCCAACAACGGGCCUUCUCGUCCCACUGAAGCGGAGCCACGCGGAGCCGACGGCGAGAAAGUGGUGCGCGAAGUCAACCCUCUUCCGCCUGAAAGUCCCGAGAAAGAGUCCCCGGGAGCGAAGAGGCUGAAGGAUAUCGUGCUGUAGGUUGGCCACAUGCAGAGGAGGAGCAACCAUGGUGACGAAAGAUACACAGAACAACCAUGGUGAUGUAUGUGCGAAUCAACCAGCUCAACAGCUUUUCUGUGGCUCACCAAUGCCUGUAUUUCAAAGCUUUCCCUAAGUGUAUUGUUUGUUUGUGAAUGAUACUGUCAUAAUGUGACGAUCCCUUUUGUUUCAGCAGGAGACAGGGGUGUUCAUUUGGAGCAAAUUAGCUUUGGUUUCUGGGGGCCUUGGGGUGGGACAAAAGGAAGACAAAUUGAGUUGUAAGAAGUAUUAUGUCUUAAGUAUUUUGGAUUUCUAUAUUUUUCUAUAGUAAAAUUAUAAUGUAAAUGACUAUUGUUUAUGGAGCCGAAACUAGCCCAGACUGGGCCUGGGGCAAAUUUAGUUUGGGGAUGGAAAGGUGCAGAGCACAAUCUAAAGGUGGUAGGAAGGCAUCUCAGAAGAGGGCUGCCAUAGUGAUGAAUUAGGGGCAGCUGCCGUCCACGUCUCUUGAGGACCAUGGUGGGGGAGAACCGGGGACAGCAGUCACCAUGAGGAGGAAGCACACCCUCAUGUGAGUACCCUGGACUGAAGGCUCAUGCGCCCUAUUCUAGUUACGGCUCAGAUUAUUUGUAAAGGAUUAAAAAACAAAAAACAAAA